CCCGGCCCCCUCCCGCGCCGCGCGGGGAGAGCUGGCGAGCAGGAGUCUGGCCCGAGUUGGCUGGAGCUGUUGCCAUGACAAGCGUUUUCCCAAGAAAGCCCCGCUGCUGAGACCGAUCGAAGCCGGGGGGCCGGAGCGGGAGGCACGAACUUGCUGGGGAACCAUCCCUCCGGAGAGAGCAAGGCCGGAGACUCCCGCCCAGCUAGCUGCACCCUCCGCUUCCAGGGUCCGGAGCGGUCCUUCCCACUGGGAGCACUCGGCGAGGACCCAGCCCACUCCCCGGCCGGCCGCGGCUGCGAAGGCGAGAGAGCAAAGCCAGCGUCUCUAGCGUGGCCGCCACACUGCGAGGCCGGCGGGCGGUCACCCUGCCCUGUCCCCGUCCAUGGAAACCCGGAGGGAGAGUCCCGCUUGGAGCAACCUGGAUCUUUGCUAGAAAGAGAGAUAUCCAGUUGUCAACAGGAUCCAGGAAGCCUUCCUCUUCAUCCUCCUUCUCCUGCCGCCUCUCUACCAUCACGUUGCUGGUUGUUGCUAAGGUUGCUGCCAUGGUAACAUGCACAUCCUGUUUACACCUCCAUCUGGGCGAGUUGGUCUAAGCUAGGAACCUAUCUAUCCUGGACUACCACUUCCAUCACCACCUGAGGACACCAAUCAUCGUAACACAGAGUCCGUCAUCCACUCGGUUCCCCCAAUCCUCUUCCCUUCUCGCUGCCAGGCUUCCUACAGAAGAAAGGACCUAGGCUUGGGAUUGCUACUCUGAAGCUUAUUGCACAAGAUCUAUUCGAUCUAUCUCCUAACUGGGCCCCCAGAGACACAAGGAGUAGGAAGAAGUUGGGACAGAAACGCAGGAGACGCUGAUCAGUUGACGGGAAACUCUACAUCUUCUCUGGUUGAGGGGCGUGGUAACAACAGGCAAAAUGACGAACCCAUCAGAACGUAGCUUGCGGGCCAACUCAAUCCAGGAAAGGGACUUUGGCUGCACAGUGAUGGAACUGAGAAGGCUCAUGGAGCUGCGUUCGAUCGAUGCACUGAACCAGAUUACUGUCCACUAUGGAGGUGUAGAGAAUCUUUGCAGUAGACUGAAAACCUCCCCUGUGGAAGGUCUGUCUGGGAACCCUGUAGAUCUGGAGAGACGUCGGCAGGUGUUUGGACAAAACGUGAUACCCCCCAAAAAGCCCAAGACCUUCUUAGAAUUAGUGUGGGAAGCCCUUCAAGAUGUCACACUCAUCAUCCUGGAGAUCGCAGCCAUCAUCUCCCUGGUCCUGUCCUUCUACCGUCCCGGGAGUGAAGACAGUGAAGUGUGUGGCUAUGUUGCAAGUGCCCCAGAAGAUGAGAAGGAGGCGGAAGCCGGCUGGAUCGAAGGGGCAGCCAUCCUGUUCUCGGUGAUCGUCGUGGUGUUGGUGACUGCCUUUAAUGACUGGAGCAAAGAGAAGCAAUUUCGGGGGCUGCAGAGCCGCAUCGAACAGGAGCAAAAGUUCUCCAUCAUCCGAAACGGCCAGCUCAUCCAGCUCCCCGUGUCUGAGAUUGUGGUGGGUGACAUCGCCCAAAUCAAGUACGGCGACCUGCUGCCUGCAGAUGGGGUCCUGAUCCAGGGGAAUGACCUGAAGAUUGAUGAGAGCACUCUGACGGGGGAAUCAGACCAUGUCAAGAAGUCCCUGGACAAAGACCUCAUGUUGCUCUCAGGAACCCAUGUCAUGGAAGGUUCUGGCCGGAUGGUAGUGACUGCUGUAGGUGUGAACUCCCAGACUGGAAUCAUUUUUACUCUCUUGGGCGCCCAUGAGGACCAUGAGGAGGAGGAGGAAGAGGAGGAGGAGAAGAAGAAGAAAGCAAAGACCCAGGAUGGAGUGGCCCUGGAAAUCCAGCCACUCAACAGCCAGGAGGGACUUGACAGUGAGGAGAAGGAGAAGAAGUCAAUCAAGGUACCUAAAAAGGAGAAGUCGGUGCUGCAGGGCAAGCUGACCCGCCUGGCCGUGCAGAUUGGGAAAGCCGGUCUGAUCAUGUCUGCCAUCACAGUUUUCAUCCUGAUUCUGUACUUUGUGAUCGACACCUUUGGGAUACAACAGAGACCGUGGGUAUCUGAGUGUACUCCCAUCUACAUCCAGUACUUUGUCAAGUUCUUCAUCAUUGGCAUCACUGUACUGGUGGUGGCUGUGCCAGAGGGGCUGCCACUGGCUGUCACCAUCUCACUGGCCUAUUCUGUGAAGAAAAUGAUGAAAGACAAUAACCUGGUACGACACCUGGAUGCUUGCGAGACGAUGGGCAACGCCACGGCCAUCUGCUCUGAUAAGACAGGCACGUUGACCAUGAACCGCAUGACCGUGGUACAGGCUUACAUCGGGGGCACCCACUACCGUGAGAUCCCGAACCCAGAUAUCUUCCUGCCCAAGGUCCUGGACUUGAUUGUCAAUGGCAUUUCUAUCAACUCUGCUUAUACCUCCAAGAUUCUGCCUCCAGAAAAGGAGGGAGGCCUGCCGAGGCAGGUGGGCAACAAGACCGAGUGUGCCCUGCUGGGCCUUGUCAGAGACCUGAAACAGGACUACGAGGCCGUCCGUGACGAGAUGCCCGAGGAGCAGUUCCACAAGGUGUACACCUUCAACUCGGUGCGCAAGUCGAUGAGCACGGUGGUGAGGAAGCCCGGCGGCGGCUUCCGCAUGUACAGCAAGGGCGCGUCCGAGAUCAUCCUGCGCAAGUGUAACCGGAUCCUGGACCAGAAAGGGGAGGCGGUACCAUUCAAGAACAAAGACCGAGAGAACAUGGUACGCAAUGUCAUUGAGCCCAUGGCCUCUGAGGGACUCCGGACUAUCUGCAUAGCUUACCGGGAUUUUGAUGACGCAGAGCCCUCGUGGGACAACGAGAGUGAGAUCCUCACCGAGCUGACCUGCAUCGCCGUGGUAGGCAUCGAGGACCCCGUGCGCCCAGAGGUCCCAGACGCUAUUGCCAAAUGCAAACGAGCUGGCAUUACUGUCAGAAUGGUGACAGGUGACAACAUCAACACAGCCCGGGCCAUCGCCACCAAGUGUGGCAUUCUGACAACUUCGGAUGACUUUCUGUGCUUAGAAGGCAAAGAAUUCAACCGACUCAUCCGCAAUGAGAAGGGCGAGGUAGAGCAAGAAAAGCUGGACGAGAUCUGGCCCAAGCUCCGGGUCCUGGCACGAUCGUCCCCCACUGACAAGCACACCCUGGUGAAAGGCAUCAUUGACAGCACUGUGGGGGAGCAGCGGCAGGUGGUGGCUGUCACCGGUGACGGCACGAAUGACGGGCCCGCCCUGAAGAAAGCAGACGUUGGCUUCGCCAUGGGCAUCGCGGGCACAGACGUAGCGAAGGAGGCCUCGGACAUCAUCCUGACGGACGACAACUUCACCAGCAUCGUGAAGGCAGUGAUGUGGGGGCGCAACGUCUAUGACAGCAUCUCCAAGUUCCUGCAGUUCCAGCUCACCGUCAACGUGGUGGCCGUGAUCGUGGCCUUCACCGGAGCCUGCAUCACUCAGGACUCCCCACUGAAGGCCGUGCAGAUGCUGUGGGUCAACCUAAUCAUGGACACUUUUGCUUCGUUGGCCCUGGCCACGGAGCCCCCUACGGAGUCUCUGCUGAAUCGUCGCCCCUAUGGCCGGAAUAAGCCUCUGAUCUCACGGACCAUGAUGAAGAACAUCUUGGGCCAUGCGAUCUACCAGCUCGUUGUCGUCUUUGUCCUUGUCUUUGCUGGUGAGAGAUUCUUUGGCAUUGACAGUGGCAGGAAGGCACCGCUGCACUCCCCGCCCACCGAGCACUACACCAUUGUUUUCAACACCUUUGUGCUGAUGCAGCUCUUCAAUGAAAUCAACGCCCGGAAGAUCCACGGGGAGAAGAAUGUCUUCGCAGGCAUUCACCGCAACCUCAUCUUCUGCACUGUAGUCCUGGGCACCUUCAUCAGCCAGAUUCUCAUCGUGGAGUUUGGGGGUAAACCCUUCAGCUGUACAAAGCUCAGCCUGGCCCAGUGGCUGUGGUGUCUCUUCAUCGGGAUUGGAGAACUCCUGUGGGGCCAGGUCAUCUCCGCGAUACCUACCAAGUCCCUGAAGUUCCUGAAGGAGGCUGGGCACGGCACCAACAAAGAGGAGAUCACCAAGGAAGCCGAGGGCCUGGACGAGAUCGACCACGGGGAGAUGGAGCUGCGCCGAGGCCAGAUCCUCUGGUUCCGAGGCCUGAACCGCAUCCAGACCCAGAUGGACGUAAUUAACACAUUCCAGACUGGAGGCUCUUUUCAGGGAAUCCUAAGGCGACAGAACUUGGGUCAACACCAUGAUGUAAAACUUGUUCCUAGCUCAUCCUAUGCAGCAGUUGUACCCGUCAAAUCCCCCAGCACCACUGUUGCUGCUGCUGCUUCAUCUCCUACUUUGGGCAAUCAAGGUGGUCAGAGCAUUCCAUAGUUCCCUCCACGAAAGCAUUCAGAAACCCACGAGCCAUAACUCCAUCCACAACUUCAUGAUCCAACCUGAAUUCGCCAUAGACGAGGAGUUGCCACGAACACCACUCCUGGAUGAGCAAGAGGAGAAUGAUCUUGACGCAGUUUCUACAUCUGGGACUAGUGUGCCCCUGUUGGAUGGUGAGGUCACUGUCAAUGCCAACAGAAACAACAAUGCGGUGGAUCGCAAUCAAGUGCAAAUUGUUGCCUCCCGCUCGGACAGCCCUCUACACAGCCUGGAGACAUCAGUUUGAACUGUCACUCUCUGACUCCCAUCCCUGCUUUCUCUAUUUCUUUUUUCAUUAAUCCCAUCUAUAAGGUGGUGAUGGACCUUUUCAUUGUCAUGUCAGCUGCUCCCACGUGUGUGUGAACCCCAGCUGACCGUGAAGAGGCAAGAGCACAGACCUACAAGGAUUUCAGGUUAAGCUUGAGUUGGGGUUUGUAGCAGGACCCAGUCAAACCCCAGGCAGGUAAUGGUAGAAUCUACUUCAUGGGUAUAUCAGCUGUUAUUUUUAAAGAAAUGACAACAAUCCUAUUGGCAUCGCCCCAGCCUAAACUCUUCCCCUUUGUUCAUAUACUCGUCACCAUGUCUGGAUUUCCGGAUUUUAUCCUAUUAGUCUGUGCUGUUUAUAAGCUAAGUUGAGGGUUCAGAGGGAGACAAAAAUCCCCAAAUGAAAUGGGCUGAAGUAGGGAGGGAUUGUAUAAAAUCAUCCAGUAGUGUGAUUGUUUUUACGACAAUUUUCCCCAUUUUGAACACUUACACAUAAAGGCCUUUGGCUCUUUCUGCCCUUCCAGCCAAACCUCCCUGAGAUUCUUUUGGUCUUUUGUGAUCCUUGGCUUCCUUUCCUUCACUUUUUUUUCUUUUUUAAUGUUUUAACAAUGAAGAACAUGGAAAGGACAUGGGUGAAUUGAGUAAAUUUGACCAUUCUCCCUUCUGGCCCCAAAAGAACCCUCAAUUUAGUUCUGGAAUCAGACAGCUUUCUUUGCUAAAAGGGUCCUUUUGAAGCAAUUAAGAGCAGGUAAGGAUGUUUCCCUGUUAUGGCCAGGUUACCUUCUGCUUUGAAACUGCCAGCUUAUUAGCGUGUGUGUUGUCAAGUGCCAGGGAGGUCAGCCUGGCCCGGGAAGGUCGCAAUGCGUGGUGUAUAGUGUUACCACAGGCUCGAGCUUUCUCCAAUUCCUAAAGUCACGGCAAGAGAAUGAGUUGGGUGCGACCCUGCCUCCUUGCUGGACUUGGAUGUUGAGGACCAGAAGAAUGGCAGGCCUAGGACAAGACAGACCAUCAGAGCAGACCGUAGUGAGUCCUGCUUGGGGUAACCACUGCUUUCAAAGCCAUCUGCCAAGGCUCUUCCAGGGCAGACCAUGAUUGUUUGGGGAAUGAGUACUGAAAAGCCUUGUAUUGAAGAGUAUUGAGUAUUGAAGAGCCAUUCCGGCAUGAUCUGAAAAAACCCUUCCUGCGGGGACCAGGAACCGUGAGCUUAGGUGCCUGGGUACCAGCUUCAGCAUCCUCUUUAGUUUCCAGUUCUACUCUUUGCUACGCCCCACGACUUACCCCGGCUCUGAGAAGGUCCCAGCCUUUCUCACAUAUUCCGAUUUUGAAAACAUGCAUCCAAAGCAGGAGGCACCCCGUGACAUUUUGCCGACUUAAAGGAGCAAAAUGCCCCACUGAAAAGCCCCCCUUGCAAGCCCCUCUUUCGCCACGUGCCCCGGCCGCCGCCCAGUGAAGCCCUGUGCCUUCUUCCCUGAACACUGCCCAAAGCAGCCCCUUCCUGUCCGCCUCUCAGGAGUCGGGGACUUCGCUAGGAGAUUUUUUUUUUUUAAGUGUUCCUUAACGAGGUGGAGCCACACGUGCGUGCGGGAGUUCCGUUUUUAUCCCCGCUGAUGUCGACUUAGGUUCCUCUGUGCGGGGGCUGGCCCGUGACCCUGCCUCCCGCGGCCCGCGAGGUAAGUGGAGCCCGCACCCCUCUUUCUGGAGAGACGGGAGUCAGGAGAGGGGCUGGAGGCUCCUCUGAACUGCCAGACUCCCACGUGUGAGGAGGGUGGCCUGAUCCACUCAGCCUUUUCCAGUGGAUCCCUCCUCCCUCCCUCCCGUCACCUGAGCUGUCCAAGACAGGACUGUAAGGGCCCAACCCCCCCACCCCUCUACUGCACAGUCCAGCAUUGUAGGGAAUAGGGGAACAGAUUCCACUGGGCUUUUGUAAAGCAGUUUUUUUUUUUCUCUGUCUUAAAUACUCAAGGGGGGGGGAGGGAAAAAAAUAGCUCACCCAAGGCAUUAGGUGUUGACAUUCAUAUUCAUUAACUACAUAGGAAGAUUUAAUUCUAUCGAAUCUUUUAUUACCUCAGAUCAUUUUCAAAGGCAAGCCAAUAACAAGCUUUGCAGGCUAUUUUACCAUUCCCGUUCCCAAAAGACUCUCAUGGUGCCUGACAGGUUACUCUUGAGGGCUCGUGUGUACUUUUUUUAAAGUCAACAGUUCUUUUUAUGUGUGUGUGUGUGUGUUCUAGUUUCCCAUAGUAGGAGAGAAAAUAUAGAAAUAUAUGCAAAGAUAUAUAGUUUUCUUUUAGAUCAGAAACUGAUAUUUUCGAGUCAGCCAUAUGUAUUUUGUUUAAAGGAUUUAAAACAAAGUGCCGUCAUGUAACCCCAUGGAAGGGAAUGCAUAACCAGCUGUCUGGCAUGACAGGUGACUUAGUGUAUUUGUAACUGGUUUUAAAACCAAUACACCAUACUUCUUUCUCCAAACAGCCAUCUUUAUACUUAGGGAAAAAAAAAAUUAUUGGUUUCUAGACUUUUUUAAUAUAAAUUUUGUUGACAUGGAAUUGAGUAAGUUCAAGUGUUUAUGUGCAUAUGUUUUUUUAUAUAAGUUUUUUUCUAUUCGGUUUCAGUGAUCCAACUGGCAGUGAGUAAAAUACGGCAUAAGUUAAUAAUGCUUUUCCCCAAAAUGGUGCUUUGGAUUUGAAAAGGGUCUGAUGGGGAGAAGAAGAACAUAUCAUCCUAGAAUUCCUCUCUUGACAAACCUAGGAAAACGGAUAGUACAUUGUGGAUAGUCAGGAAAACACCCAGCAAGAGGGACACAGCUGCCAGGGAAUGGCCCUGCACCCCUGCGCCCUGCACCCCUGCGCCCCGCCCCCGACGUGGAGAUAGAGUGCCAGGCUCCUCCCUAACUAGUGAUUAGGAUCAGGGCCUCGGCUGGCUUUGUGUUUCUUGGAGAAUAGCUGGCAGAGUGGUACCAAGGACAUUAUUACCAUCUCCUGGUCCGCAAGGCUACUCUAAAUUGGAGUUUGCAUUUUUAUGGUUUUCACCUCCUGUUCCUCCUGGAAUUUUCCAUUAGUGAGGUUUUGUUUUUUUUUUUGGCAAGGAUGUGAUUUGAGACUCCUUCUCUCCACUAGAAAGGUUUUGUGCGCUAUAUGACAUAAGGGACAGAACUCUACAUGGAUAAAACAGCGGCUGGUUCUAGUCCUGGGUGGCUGUCUUGGGGCUAGGUCCUUCCCAUGGGUGUCUUCUGUCCUCUGAAAUGACUCUCCUGUCCCUAAAGGCGUUAAGAGAGAGAUCACCUAGACACCCCUCUGGACACGUGUGGAUUCUUUCGGGUUCGAGUUUCUUCUUUCCCUCGAGCCCCAGAGGGGAGCGUUUGCACAGUCAAAUCUAAGGGAUUACCUCACUGCCGAAAACUCGCGUGUGCCGAGAAACCUCUAAGUGCAUCCCUUCCUCUCUUUCCUGCGUCCCUUGCCUUACAAUUAAAGCAGCCCGGGGCACCUUCACAAUAUGCACACUCCCUCACCUUUCCUAUCUAGGGACCACCCCGCUGCACGGGUGAGGGUGGGCACUUAAAAUGCUUGCUAUUCUUAAGCCAUUCUAGCCUCUUCCUCAGAAUAGACCAGACACCCUUCCCCUGAGCUCAGUGCCAGUCCUUUUGCCUUCCUUACCCUGCUGUUAGGCCUGCUGUUCCCUUUCCUCUUGAUUAGGAGAGACGGAGGGAGAUUAGCUCCCCGUGAUGGAACUGGCCCGUGUUUUCUCCCCGUAUGUAUAUAUGCCAUAUGUGAAUAUGCCAUAUAUAUGUGCCAACAAAUCUAUCCACGUUGUUCUUUUCAAAUCAGCAUGCAGAUAGGAAUUUUGAGUUUCUUCUUUUCAGUAACUAGUAUAACAAGCACUGGUAUUUUUUGUACAAAAAAGGAAAAAACAAACAAAACAAAAGAUUGACUAUGGUGGUCUGCAUGAGAUAAACAAACAAAUGGUGAUAUCAAAGCAAUGUGUACCCCAGUGUGUGUUGCCAUAAUUUGCAAUUCAGCUUAACAGUGCACCCAGAUCUGUAUUUGCAUUCUGAUAUUAUUUAAGCUCUAUGUACAAUGUUUUGCAUGUAUUUAUAUGGUUCUUGGGAAAAAGUGGUAUAAACUGGCAAAUCUGAAAAUUCAGAUGUGUUGUUUCACUGAGACAGGAAGAAUAAUGGGAGUUUUAAAAGGGAUACUUUUUUGGAACCAAUAAAGCUUUUUGCUGAUGAGCAGAAACCAAUACUGCCGUGCACUGAGAAUAAAAGCCCAUGCCCACUUGUA